AUGACGAGAGACAUUUUUGAAGAGUAUCACGACUCGCUCCAUCAUCUCGGAUUUGCACGAACCUAUCAUCAGAUUCAGGAAUCGUUCUACGUUCGUGACCUGGCGAAGCACCUUCAUGGUGUCGACGAUUACGGGCGUGAUAUGCCCGCCGACUUGCCCGAGCCAUCCGAUGACACGCAAUGGCCACUAUUCGAGACGAUCGUAACCACGAAAACCACUCACAAUGGCCGACGUACCCAAUACCUGCUUCGUCGUCGCGGCAUAGGCCCGGCGUGGGACGAGUGGCACACGGAGGAGGACGUGCGUCUGCAUCGUCCGGAUAUGAUUGAGGCCUACGAGGCCUCCUAG